UGUUUUGUAUAAUCAUUUUUUAAAAUGUAUAAAGUGUUUUUUUUAUUAUAGUGACUAGUACUGACUAGCAGAUUGUGUAUAGUGCUGUGAUAUUUGUAAUGGAUAUAGACGAGAGCGAAAUAAGAGAUGCAAUCGAGAUGGUAGAGACUCUCCAGUCCAUGAUCGACGUUGCAGCUGAAAGACUCGAGGGUCUGAGGACGCAAUGCUCCACGAGCGCGGGGCUGACGCAGCAGGAGAUCCGGACGUUGGAGGGCAAGCUGCUGAAGCAUUUCGCGAAACAGCUGAAGAUCAAGGAGCGCUUCGAAGAAAUCCUUCCCCAGUUGAAUGACAUCCCCUGUUUGCGGCAAUGGCUACGAGUGGUUGGUCUCAGUGAACAAGCCAUACAGCAAAUAUGCCUCCGAGUAUCAACCCUGGAUUCGCUCCGAGACCGUUCGGAUUCCGAGCUACGCGGCUGGCUAGUUUCCGUGCGGGAGGAAGAAUGGAAACGGUUGUGUCGAGCUAUGAACCGACUAAGAGCUUAUACCGACGCCUUAAAUCGUGGCGAGGCGGAAGCGGAAAUCCAACUGUAUUGGGAUUCCUGGGAUCGGAACCGGCAAGAAUGGGAGCGGACAAGAUUAGAAUGGGAACGAAGUCAACAGUGGCGAGGGUCACCUAGAGCUCGCAUGAGACAACGAGGUUCCGUGCCUAGCGAUCCUGACAACACGCCGCGAAAAGUUGGCAAAUCACCUAGGACACCUCUAAACAAACGGAAGGAGAACUCCCACCUACCGGCUCCUACGAACCUCACCAAGUCGCGAUCGCACGAGAGCCAACUCGCUGUGAGACCUGACGAGGCGGGACCGGACGUUAGCGACACCCCCGGCGCGGAAGCGGCGCCCUCCACCACCGAAGCCCCCUCCCCCCGCCCGCCUCCCCCGCGUGCCCCCUCGCCCGCGCCGCGCCCCGCCUCCCCGCCCGAGCCGCCGCACGAGCGCGUCGCAGACUACCCGCCUACACCUGCAAGAGACCCCAGCAUCAGCGGCUCUCUACCGUACAGCGUGAUCGGCGCCACCCCCCGCUCCCCGCGCACACCCGUCGGCCGCUGCAUGGCACACGACAUCGCGCACAGAUUCGCUAAAACCUUCAAUAUGAUUGCAACUUGUGACUACUGCGACAAACAGAUGUUGUUUGGGUCCGGCUUGAAGUGCAAGGAGUGCAAAUUUAAAUGUCACAGAGAUUGCGAGCCUAAAGUACCUCCAUCGUGUGGCCUGCCCGUCGAGCUUGUCCACGCUUUUAGAGACAAAGUUAGCUUCAAAGAGACUCCGUUCGGGCCUACACCCCUACUGCACCUCCUAGCGGCGGGCUCGGCCGGGUCGCCAGGCGCAUCUCGCGGCUCGUUACUCGGAACCAUACAGCGCACGCACCGACACAAGGAGAGGAGGCAGAAACACCCGGGCGACGACCUGUCGAACUCGUCGUCGUGCAACAGCUCCACGCCGUCGUCACCAGCGCUGGUGGCGCCCGCCACGCCGCACCACGCGCACCCGCCGCACCACCCGCACGCGCCGCAGCCCGCGCCGCCGCACAAGCCGCAGUUCCACUUCCCCGCGCUGGUGGCGCCCGCCACGCCGCACCACGCGCACCCGCCGCACCACCCGCACGCGCCGCAGCCCGCGCCGCCGCACAAGCCGCAGUUCCACUUCCCCGCGCUGGUGGCGCCCGCCACGCCGCACCACGCGCACCCGCCGCACCACCCGCACGCGCCGCAGCCCGCGCCGCCGCACAAGCCGCACUCCACGCCGUCGUCACCAGCGCUGGUGGCGCCCGCCACGCCGCACCACGCGCACCCGCCGCACCACCCGCACGCGCCGCAGCCCGCGCCGCCGCACAAAUAUAGUCUGUCGAACUCGUCGUCGUGCAACAGCUCCACGCCGUCGUCACCAGCGCUGGUGGCGCCCGCCACGCCGCACCACGCGCACCCGCCGCACCACCCGCACGCGCCGCAGCCCGCGCCGCCGCACAAGCCGCAGUUCCACUUCCCCGAAGUUAAGCCUCCUGUGUCAAGUCCUAACCACGUGACGCCGGCGCCGACGCCUGCUCGAAUCGUCGACUUCAGUUCCGAAGUGGAGGAAAUUGAACCUGAAGAAAUGGCGGAAACGAACGACGCGCUGCAAGACUCGCUCGACGCCAAUAACCAGAACCAGCCGGGCCCGUGGCCGAGGCAAAAUAGCUUAUCACUAAAAGAAUGGGACAUUCCCUACGAUGAACUGAUACUACUGGACGUCAUUGGCAAAGGACGUUUCGGUACUGUCUACCGGGGGUGUUGGCACGGCGCGGUUGCGGUUAAACUGUUGCACGUUCAAGCCCUCUCCGACCAUGCCAUACCUCUAGACACCUUCAAGCAUGAGGUGGCAACAUUCCGUAAAACCCUGCACGAGAACCUCGUCCUCUUCAUGGGAGCGUGUAUGAAGCCGCCGCGACUCGCCAUCGUGACGUCACUCUGCGGCGGCAUGACGCUACACAUGCACAUCCACCUGAGGAAGGACAAGUUCAACCCUAACAAGAGCCUUAGUAUAGCGCAGCAAGAUAACACAGUGAUGUCACUGUGCGGCGGCAUGACGCUACAUAUGCACAUCCACUUGAGGAAGGACAAGUUUAACCCCAACAAGAGCCUUAGUAUAGUGCAGCAGAUAACACAGGUAAAUGGUCUUGUUAUAGACUUGUAG